AUGCAAGUGCAACCAGAUUCAGAAUCAUGGAUGCAGCACGAGCAAUAGUACUACCGUGUAUUCUUUGUUAUAUUCUGAUGUGCAAUGAUAGCGUCGGAGAGGAUUUAACCCUGAAGCAGAUGAAGCUUAAAAUACCAGCGAACGUAAGUGUUCCGGCAGUGAUUGUGUUUGGAGAUUCAAUAGUUGAUACGGGCAACAAUAACAACAACUUCAUAACAUUUGCUCGCUGCAAUUUCCUCCCUUAUGGCAUAGACUUCCAAGGUGGACGUGCAACCGGACGAUUCUCAAAUGGAAAGGUUCCUGCUGACCUUGUAGUGGAAGCAUUUGGAAUUAAGGAGCUGUUGCCACCCUAUAUGGAUCCAUCCCUAGAGCCUAAUGAUCUCCUUACUGGUGUUAACUUUGCUGCUGGAGGUGUAGGUUAUGACCCUUUGACAUCAGAAGUCGCGGCAGUUGAAUCACUGUCCGAUCAGAUGGAACAAUUCAAAGGGUACAUAGAAAAGCUGAAAGGAAUCGUCGGAGAAAAGAGAACAAACUUCAUCAUAUCAAAUAGUUUGAUUUUAGUGGUAGCAGGAAGCAACGACAUUUCGAGUACCUAUUUUGUUAGUGGUAUCAGGAAAUUGCAUUUCGAUGUUCCUUCUUACACUGACUUCUUGCUCAACCAUGCUUCGCAAUUCUUCAAGGAAUUAUAUGGAUUGGGUGCACGAAGAAUAGGCGUUUUUGGUGUACCAGCUAUUGGGUGUGUGCCAUCCCAAAGAACAAUUGGAGGAGGCAUCGGAAGACAUUGUGCCGAGAAUCAAAACCAAGCAGCGGAGCUCUUCAACUCCAAAUUAUCUGCAGAGACGAAUCACCUCAGACACACACUCCCCAACUCAAAGUUCGUUUACAUAGACGUCUACAACCCAUUACUUGAUAUCAUCACAAACUCUAAUAAAUACGGGUUUGAAGUUGCAGACAAAGGGUGUUGUGGUACUGGUUUGGUGGAAGUGACAAAACUGUGCAACAAGUUUCAGCGAACCUGUACGGACACCUCCAAAUAUGUCUUUUGGGAUAGUUACCAUCCAACUGAAAGAGCAAACAGGAUCCUUCUGCAGCAACUCCUAACGCAAUCUGCAAGCGGUUUCUUUUGAUCGAGACACAGACACUAGAGUAUAGAUUAAAUUCCUUGUGUUAUACAAAUAUAUAUGCCAAUUAUAUAUAUGCUUCAAACUUAAGUUCUUAUUGUCUCAUCAUAUACUUGUACGUUGCCAGAUAUCUGGCUGGAUUUACUCCUGGGUUUUGUUUCUACAAGUUUUUCAUUUAUGUAUGUACGUACUCAUGGGAUCGAUCUCUGGUGUCUUGGCUAGUUUUGGAUCAAUAAAAUCAAUCACAAGUUGGAAAA